AAUGCGAACCAGUUAAUUGCAUUAGUCCAACCCACACAUGAAAAACAGUCAACACUUACAGUCAAAGCUCGUCCGUCUCAUUGUUGGAUCAACAACGAAACCCUGGCAGUUGGAUGGUACGAUACUGUUUCCAUAUGCGUAAUCAUUGGUUCAUCUGAUUCACAGGUAGUUUCAUCGACCGAAAGGAAAGGAGUGGAAGUACAUUACGUUUGGAAGUGUGAUAUGUAUAUAGCUGAUAUUUCAUUCACUCUUAGUGAUGAUAAAUCUUGUUUCUGGAAAGAAAUAACAGUUUUCGGAAUGAAGAAGACAACCGUUGAAAAUCCCACGCAGGAUGAAUGUGAGAUGAUACUGGCGUUAUUGGAGCCAGAAGAUUCAAACACAUUUACUUUGACUACCGAAGAUAGAAUCGAAAUGUAUACGUGUGAUCGAGGCAACCUAACUUUGUUUCAUAUGUCUUCUCUGCCAUAUGAAAAUGUGUACUUUUUGCUUGGCUGUCAGGAAUUCAUUGAGGCGCAGCCAUGUUCAGCUGAUGAUCGAGUACGAUGGUAUUUGGAGAAUGAUAUGCUUCGUGAUGCAAUGCAAUAUGCGAAUGAACACAAAGCUCAACUUGAGCAUUUAGAUCCUGUCGAUAUUGGAAAACGUUAUUUGAGUUCUCUCACUAAGCAGAAACGUUUCGCCGAAGCUGCAGCAAGUCUUAAAGCGGUUUGUGGACGUCAGAAAGAUCUGUGGGAAUAUUAUGUAAAUGAGUUUGAACAGAAUAAUGUGGUCCUUCAAUUGGCAAAAUAUCUCCCGGUAAGGGAUCCCCAAUUGGAACCGGAAUGUUACCAGUGUGUACUGAUUGCUGCAUUGUACAACCAUCCAGUUUUAUUUUAUAACUUGAUCAAAGUUUGGAAUCCAGAUUUAUUCCGCGUAGGUGCAAUAACGGAUAUGGCUAUGAAACGGAUUGUACAUGAAAAUGUGAAUCCACUAUCAGAAAAUGAUGCAGUAGCUAUUUAUCGAUCUUUGGCUCGCCUUUAUCUGUACGAACGAAAAUAUAAUAAAGCUUUAAUGCUUUACAUCAUGUUAAACGACAAAACCGUUUUUCAGGUUAUCGAAAAGUACCAACUCUUCGACCUGGUUAAGAAUGAUUUGACAAAACUGAUGGAUAUCGAUACGAAUCUAACAAUACGACUGCUUAUUGAAAAUGCCGGAAGUCUUCCAACAAAAACGAUUCUAACGCAACUUGCGAUGUAUCCAAAAUUGCAGAUGGCGUAUUUGAACAGUCUAUUUGAGAGGAAUGAAGGGGAGGAAUUUGUCGAUUUCGCUAUAGGACUGUAUGCUGAAAAUGAACCACGACUUCUUUUACCAUUCCUCCGGAAAACAGCAGUCUAUGAUAUAGCAAAAGCCAUUGAUAUCUGUGAAAAAAAGCAGUACAUCAAUGAGAUGGUUUAUUUGCUGGGAAGAAGUGGAAAUCGUAUGAAAGCUCUAGAUUUACUUGUAAAUAAACUUGGUCGCAUUGAUAGUGCAAUUGACUUUUGCCGUGAAAACGAUGAUUCUGAUUUAUGGAAUUCACUGGUCGAUGCGGCUGUGAAACGACCGGAUCAUAUCAUGGAGCUUUUGAAUACUGCUGGAAAAUACGUUAAUCCAUUAAACAUUAUUGAGAAGAUUCCGGAACAAAUGAACAUUCCUGGUUUACGGAAUUUAUUGGUGAAAAUCUUGCGUGAUUAUGAAUUACUUGUACAAAUGCAGCUUGGCUCUUUGCAAGUAACAGAAGCUGACAGUAAUCGGCUUUUCGCAAAAUAUUUAUCAAAUCGCAAACGUUCGAUUUUCAUCGAUUUCGAUCAGUAUUGUAUUGUGUGCAGGAUAGCUCUGCUGCUGCAACGCGAAAAGCCUACUGAUUGCAGACAUACGAAUUGUGACAUCAUUGUUUAUAGUUGUGGACAUUCAGUGCAUAUCCACUGUUUAUAUAUUCCUCAUUCGGAUGAACAAAGAAUCACGGAGAAUGGUAGAUGUCCUAUGUGUUAUGGAUUGCAUUUAUAUGGAAAUGGUUAG